CACAUCCACGAUCCUGACCUUCGAGACUUCUCGUGACUUUUUUUUUAUUCCCUCUUGGGCCACUGCCGGCGUCCAUGAUCGACCUCCGCGCCCUGUGUUGCGUGCCCGGCUGUCAUUCAAAUCAAGCAGCAAACAUCCGGUCAGUUUGCACCCCAGCGAAGCGCACCAACAGCACACAAUGUCUCGACUAUUCCAACCCCUCAAGGUCGGGGAAUUUGAGCUCGGGCACCGUAUAAUGCUUGCGCCGCUGACCCGGUACCGCUGUGACGACGAGUGGGUGCCGCUGCCCAUGGUCCAAGAAUACUACGCCCAGCGAGCCUCAACCCCGGGCACCCUCCUCAUCACCGAAGCGACCCUCAUCUCCCGCGCGGCCGCGGGACGCCUCAACGUCCCCGGGAUCUUCACCGAGGCCCAGAUCAGCGCCUGGAAGUCGGUCGUCGACGCCGUGCACGGCAAGGGGGGCCGCAUCUUCUGCCAGCUGUGGCACCUCGGGCGGGCCGGGCACGCCCACGUCCACGCCCAGCUGGGCACCAAACUCGUGUCCGCGAGCGCGGUGCCGCUCAGGCAGGCGGCCGUCACGGCGAUCGCGAACCCGCCCAGGCCGGGGACCCCGCACGCGCUGACCGACGACGAGAUCUGGGGAGUCGUGCGGGACUACGCGGCGGCCGCGCGGAACGCGGUGGAGGGCGCCGGGUUCGACGGCAUCGAGAUCCACGCGGCCAACGGGUACCUCCCGGACCAGUUCCUGCAGGACACGUGCAACACCCGGACGGACCGCUGGGGCGGGAGCAUAGAGAACCGCGCGCGGUUCACGCUCGAGAUCACCAGGGCGGUAGUGGCGGCGCUGGCGGGGCGGGCGGAUAAAGUCGCGAUCCGGCUGAGCCCGUUCAGCGAGUACAACGACAUGAAGAUGGCGGAGCCGCUGCCGCAGUUUGAGUACCUGAUCAACGAGCUGAAAGCGCUCGGUGGGGAAUCAGGCAGGAAUCUGGCCUAUCUGCAUUUCAUUGAGGCGAGGGUGCACGGGAAUGACGAGAAAGUCGAUGAGGGCGAGGCAGCCGACCAGGAGACUGUUGCGCCUCUCGUCAAGCUCUGGGGCAAUGCAAGCCCGGUCUUGUUGGCAGGCGGGUUCACGGGGGAAUCUGCGCGCAAGGUUGUGGACGGGACCCUCAAAGAGUACGAUGUCGGGAUCGUGUUUGGGAGGCACUUCAUCUCCAAUCCGGAUCUGGUGUUCAGAUUGAAGGAGGGACUUGAGCUGAGCAAGUAUGAUCGGUCGGUAUUCUACACGCCCAAGAAGAGGGAGGGAUACAUAGAUUAUCCCUUUAGCGAACAGUUCACAGCCAGGGCUGGUGCUGCUUUGUGAUUAAUACAAAAUUUAUCCAC